ACCGUUACAGUGACACACACACACACCGGAAAUCCGUGUGUUUUUCCGUUGACGAACAAACGCAGCUCGGAUGUUGACGUCGGGUUGUUGUUGCCACGAGUUAGCGGUGCAAAUUCAGUAAAAUUAACACCGAAAGAGCACCAAACGUGACUUUUUUCCUCGCCGAAACAUGCCGAAGGUCGUGUCGAGGAGCGUCGUGUGCUCGGACACCCGAGACAGGGAGGAGUACGACGACGGGGAGAAGCCGCUGCAUGUCUACUACUGCCUGUGCGGGCAGAUGGUGCUGGUGCUGGACUGCCAGCUGGAGAAGCUGCCGAUGCGGCCGCGGGACCGGGCCCGGGUGAUCGACGCCGCCAAACACGCACACAAGUUCUGCAACGUGGAGGAGGACGAGGCCGUGUACCUCCGGAGGGCCGAGGGCGUCGAGCGGCAGUACCGCAAGAAGUGCGGCAAGUGCGGCCUGCUGCUCUUCUACCAGCACCAGGUGAAGAACACGCCGGUCACCUUCAUCGUGGACGGCGCCGUGGUGAAGUUCGGCCAGGGCUUCGGCAACACCAGCGUGUACAGCCAGAAGCAGCCCGAGGCGCCCAAGAAGGUCCGGGUCAUGAUGACGAAGCGGACCAAGGACAUGGGCAAGUUCAGCUCCGUCACCGUGUCCACCAUCGACGAGGAGGAGGAGGAGAUCGAGGCCCGCGAGGUGGCCGACUCGUACGCGCAGAACGCCAAGGUGAUCGAGAAGCAGCUGGAGAGGAAGGGCAUGAGCAAGAAGAGGCUGCAGGAGCUGGCCGAGCUGGAGGCCAAGAAGGCCAAGAUGAAGGGAACCCUCAUAGAUAACCAGUUCAAGUGAGAGAGGACGCGGGAGGCGCAGGAAACAUGGAAGUCUCAAAAAAACAGCGGGACUCUGGUGCUGUGGAGAGCCGGCACACAGCGCAGCUGAGCCGGGGCUCUCAGUGAUCCAUGUGGGGCUUCUGUAUGACCGAAAAAGAUGGGACUGCAGGCAUUUGGCGGUGUUGACACUGUUUGAAAAGGACACGAUUUAGACUUUUUGACUGCUAAAUAGUGGCCUGACUCUGUGUGUGUGUGAGUGUGUGAGAGAGAGAGGGACAAGGAGAAUUUGUAAAUUUGGAUGGCAGGUCUGAGUUAAAGGUGACAUCACACUGACUUUUGAAAAUUUCAUGUUUUUUUUUUUUUAUGUUUUGUACAAAAAUAUAAUUCAAAUAAACAGGCAUUUUCCUGUA